CGGCGACGGGCGUGUCCAACCGUGGUCGCCUUGCGAGAACUGGACUGCGGCCGCGCACAAGGCCCGCACGCGACGCCGUCCUACGUGCAGCGCGACGUGCUCUGGUGCGCCAGCCUCGGCCCCGUUGCAACGCCGCGACACCACGCGACACGUCGCGACGCCGUCUGCAUGCGGCCGCUAUCUGUAGCACACAUCUGGCGCCAAACCACUGGCCGAGCCGAGCCACUGCCGCGGGCGACAGCCGACGCGCAGUCUGCGCCCUUCUCCCGGCGAAGGUGCCGGGCUUGAUCGGAGGCGCCGCCUCGGCAUCCCGACGCUAUUGCUUCGAUGUCCAACGAGCACGUCGUGGAAUUGCAGGCUCCAGGCAAGCCAUCAGUGGUGUCCAGGGACCGCUACUCCGUGACGCUAUCCUGGAAUCCUCCAGAGGGUGUACAGGCAGGCAAUGGAGAUCGCUCCAUCGUCUACACUUUACAGAUGCACGAUCGCGUUCGGGGCUGGGUUACUGUCUACUGGGGCCACAGAACCCGUGAGCAGGUGCGAGACCUGCCGCCUGGAGGAUGCGCCCACUUCCGUCUGCGAGCUUCCCUUGGCGACCGCCACAGCCCCUGGGGCGCCACCUUCGCCGCUAACACAACAGAGGACCAGGUGGCGGUGGUGAAACUGGAGCGUGCAGUGUCUGCUGGCAAGACGGCCGUCGUCAAGAAAGUGCUCGCAUCAAGGCCCAGUGCAGCAGAGCUGAUGUCACGCGGUGGCGUCUCGCCGCUGGCGCAAGCGUCGCUGCGUGGCGAUGCGCUCACUGUGUCACUGCUGCUGGCUGCUGGCGCAGACGCGGAUAGGGCGGGAGGCGGCGCCGGCCGCACGCCGCUCAUGCUGGCUGCUGCGCAGGGGCACCUGGACGUCUGCACCAUGCUGCUCGAGCGUGGCGCCAGCUGGGAUACCAAGGACUGGAGCGGGUGCACGCCGCUACACUACGCCGUCGACGCCUCCCAGCUGGACGUGGUCCGCCUGGCUCUCGACAGUGGCGCAGACAUCGAUGCUCGCGACAACCAAGGCUGGACACCCCUGAUGCGUGGAGUGUCUAUGGAGAGCAGUGAAGAAGUCCUACGGGAACUGGUGGGCCGCGGGGCUUCCCUGGACGCCGAGGACCGGCGCGGGCAGACGGCGCUGAUGCAAGCCGUGCUGGCGACGCGUCGCGACGCCGUCUCCAUACUGCUGGCCGCCGGGGCCGGCCGCAAGCGCAGGAACCUCUACGGCAACACCGCGAUGGACAUGGCGCGCGCCAGGAACCUCAAGGAAAUCGUCCGACUGCUGAUGAACGCUGACGAUACUGCAAGGAAUGGCAAGCGCAAGACAUCGCAAGAGGAGAAGGAUCUGCAGCAACAAGAAGACACUCGUCCAUCCUCCCACUCUGCAAUGGUCUUAGCGUCAGCGAAGGCAAAGGAAGUGGCACUCUAAACCGAACGGGCAUAGCCAGGCGAGACGAGGAGUAUCAUAAAAACUGGACGUUGACUGAAAACUUUCAACAUAACCUUGCCGGUGCAUGGAUUUUGUUACAAGCGCGAUAAAUUGUAAUUAAAAUCAGCUAUCGACUAACAAAGUCAGAAAUCAAUUACUGGCCGAUAUCUUGGAAGUUUUAUUUGGGAGUGUAAGGGAAGGUGUGCUCGCAGGGCCGAUGAAUACAAGGUUCUUCAUCCAAAUAUGCGAGAUGCCCAGCAGUGCAAGUUCGUUGGAAAACAGUUACAUCGGGGAAUGAAAGACCGAACUGUACGAUAUGGAUCUCAGCGUUCUACUUCUGUACAAAAACGGCAUCUUAAAAAUAUUGUAGUAUUAGUCUGUGUAAAUUAGAAUACUGUCGAAGGACAGUCUAUGCGGAUUAGCAUUCAAAUUACGAGGGUUGGGACUUUAAUAGUCGCAACUAUUUACUUACAGCUCGUGCAAAAUAGGUACGUGUUUCGAAGUUUUACACACCUUCAGAGUUGUCACCAGCAUUGUGUAUAACCCGUUGCCAGCGCUGUGGAAGUCGUACGAUACUGUUAGCAGUGCCAGUUGUGUUGACAUUUCGAACGGCGAUGGCGUAAGUCAGCUGAGUGCAGUAGGUGGUAUAGCACUUAAAGCAGCCCCAUCAGUCAAACAAUGUUGUUCAUUUUUGGAACACAACCUACGAUCAGCUUAGAGACAGAAGUGAUGACACUUUCUGCUGGACCUGACCAUCAUUUAGCAGGACAAUGCUCAAGCACGUACAGUGCAAACUGUUACUGAUUUGUUUGACUGAUGGAGCUGCUAAGUGCUAUACCGUCUACUGCACUACCCUGACUUAAGCCCUCGUAAGUUCAACUCGAUUUCUAAGCUGAAGGUAAAACUCCACUGCAUUCGCUUCAGAACUGCUACAAAUUCGUCGGGCAGCAGAGCACACCGCUCGAACUGUCAACACAAGUGGCACUGCUGAGAGUAUCCUACGACUUCCACAUCGCUAGCAACGGGUUAUACACAAUGCUGGUGACUAUUUUAAAGGUCAGUAAAACUUUGAAACACGUAUCUAUUUAGUACGAGCUGUAAAUAAAUAGUUUCCACUAUUAAAGUUCCAACCCUCGUGUCUUUUUCGACAGUAUAAUCUCCUUUUAAACGAUCAAUUUUCUUCUCUCACUUGUUUAUCCGAGGCAAGUGACUUAACUGCAGCGGCUAUGGCGUUCUAUUUGUCUACUGAGUCUCAUCUGUUUUGAGUGGUCGUUUUCGUUUACACGUCAGCGCCAAAAUUGCGUGAGUUGUGAAUGCUGACUGUUGUGCACUUUGGGACCUGAACGGUAAAAAUGUUACUAAGGACUAUCCUUUUUAUGAAAAAACUGAAAUAGUAAUAAAAUUUAGGAAUCAGCAAUGACAAUAGAGUUUAUAAACGACCAAAGCAGAGUGACUACUGAAUGUUCCUUUCAAAGGCACUGUGGUAAAUUCUCUAUACCGCUGAGAACUGCAAGAAUAGGAAAAGUGUCGUCCAAAUAUUUAAAAACAUUAUUUACUUGCUCGAGAAAAUAUAUACUUGCAAACACAUGAAACAAUACGUAGAACGCUGUAAAUAGCAUCUUUUUACUUCACCCUAUGUAUAUUGUUUUCGUGCUAAGUACCAAGUAACAUCGAAAAUUAUUGUUCUUGUCAAAUAAAUCUGUCUUUUAAACUG